ACUCUAAGUCUAUUAAUAUACUCUCUUUGUAUUCUUUUAAAAUCAUAUGAUAUAAUAAUAAAAUUAUUUUAUGAUCUCAACUGAAGCGGUGGAAGGAAGGUUCAACUGGGCAACAACUGUACAUGAUGCAAGGAAGCUUCAGAAAUGCAACUAAGAGUGGAAAAGAUUCAACUAUAGACAGAAAGUUGGCAUUGCAACAAGAUGUGGAUAGGUUGAAGAAGAAGCUUAAACAUGAAGAGAACAUUCAUAGGGCAUUGGAAAGAGCUUUCAAUAGACCUUUGGGAACUCUACCUCGUCUUCCUCCUUAUCUACCUCCCUAUAUACUCGAGCUUCUGGCAGAAGUGGCAGUUUUGGAAGAGGAAAUUGUUAGGCUUGAAGAGAAAGUUGUGCAUUUCAGGCAGGAUUUUUAUCAGGAAGCUGUCUACAAGUCAUCAUCUUCUAAGACCAAAUUGGAGCAUUCACCUCUUCCAAACACUUCAAACACAACAGCAAUGGACAGUCCUAAAUUGAAGUCUCUUUCACAAACAGUUGAUAAUCCAGCAACAUCUACACCUACUAGGCCUACCAUACCACUCCAAGAGAAUAGACAAGGAAAAGAGAAUCAAUCAUGCACUAACUCUUCCAAGACCAGGCUGCAAUCUUCCAAACAAAUGAGUAAAACUCCAAUUAAAAAUAUUCAUGUUGAGGAUAAGUCAUUGCAUAAAAGGCGGCAUCCUCCAAAAAGGAAGCAAGAAUCAAGGAUAAAAGACCAGCAAAUGGCACAAUUAAGACAUCCUAGUCCACACCAAAUGUCACCAGAAGUUGACUGUCCAAAUAUGAUUUCUGAAAAUAUUCUGAAGUGCUUAUCAAGCAUUCUCUUGAGAAUGAGUGCUGUGAAGAAUCCAAAACCUCGAAACUGUGUUGAAGAAACAGAGUUUUGGGAUCCGUAUGGUAUCUGUCUGGAAUUCAGAAAGAGGGAUAUUGGCCCCUACAAGCAUUUAUGUGCAAUCGAUGCUAAAUCUUUCAAUGCAAAACGAACCGCAAAUACUUUGUUUUUACAUCAUCGGUUGAAACUUCUUUUUAGGAAGCUAGCCUCUGUCAAUGUGGAGAACCUCAACCGUCAGGAGAAUCUUGCAUUUUGGAUCAACACGUAUAAUUCGUGUAUGAUGAAUGAAUUCAUAGAGAACGGAAUACCAGAGAGUCCGGAAAUGGCUGUUGCAAUGAUGCGGAAGGCAAAAAUAAAUGUUGGUGGAGACAUACUAAGUGCAACAACCAUAGAGCAUUUCAUUUUAAGACUUCCUUAUCACUACAAAUUUACUUUUUCAAAGAAAGCGAAAAAUCAUGAAAUGAUAGCAAGAAGGAUAUAUGGACUGGAACUGUCAGAACCCCUAGUGACAUUCGCUCUCUCUUGUGGAACUUGGUCCUCUCCUGCUGUGAGAGUUUACACAGCAUCCCAAGUGGAGAAUGAACUAGAAGUAGCCAAAAGGGAGUACUUACAAGCAACAAUUGGAAUUUCAACAUCCAAGUUUGCGAUCCCAAAGCUUCUGGAUUGGAAUUUACAGAACUUUGCAAAAGACUUGGAAUCAUUGCUAGAUUGGAUCUGCCUUCAGUUACCUAGUGAACAGGGGAAAGAAGCCAUUAACUUGCUUGAGAAAAGAAAAACUGAGCCCUUCACACAAUUUGUACAAAUCAUGCCAUAUGAGUUCAGCUUUAGAUACUUGCUUUGCACAUAAUUAUGCUCCAGUUAUUUUUAUGUAUAUUGUUUUAUUGAUGUUGGGGAUGCAAUUUUGUAUAUACCUGUAGAUCAUUCAUAAAAAAGAAUGUAGAUGAAUCAUUCUGUUCUUUAAUCCCCUUGGUUAGUGAAUAAAGAAAGCAUUUCAGUUGCAUGUUGUAUAGAA